AUUAUAAAGUUGGACUUCAGGUGGGCCCCUGCCGGUACCUGUGGGAGGCGCUCGAGUCUCAGUCAGUUUGUCGCAAGAGCAGUUUGAGGAGGCUGACAAGAGCAAGACUGAACUACGCUUGUGAUUUGUCUUUAACAUUCAUUAAAAGUGUAAGAAGGCUCAUCUGAACAAACUUCGUCUGCCGUCAGUUUUCCAGGUAUGGACGUCAGGAAUGCAUAAUUGCGGCACAGUGCUGAGAAUGUGUGUUUGCUGAACAUCCUACCUGCGUUUGCCUCCUUGUUUUUUGUCUCUUGGGCUGGAUUUUGUCCCAACAUUAAUUUCAAUUAUCCGUGAAAACCAUGUCACGUCCACCUGAGGCCGAGCCCACUUCCACAGUACCUGCUACCCCAUCAGAACUUGCCACUGAACCAACAUCACCCAUCUCAACAACUGACUCAACAAUUGAUGCAACAACUGCUACACCUGUGACCAAGACUUCAUUUUGGAGGGAUAGGAAGAAAGUCCCAGAGAAGACUGAUGAGUUCCUGCUGGCCAGGUUUCAAGGUGAUGGUGUGAGAUAUAAAGCCAAGCUUAUUGGUGUGGACGAUGUCGCAGAAGCCAGAGGAGAUAAAAUGUGUCAGGAUUCCAUGAUGAAACUUAAGGGCAUGGCAAUAGCUGCUCGUUCUCAGGGCAAACACAAGCAAAGAAUCUGGGUGACCAUCUCUCUAACAGGAAUCAAAAUUGUGGAUGAGAAACUUGGGGUGAUUGAACAUGAACAUGUGGUGAAUAAGAUCUCAUUCAUUGCUCGUGAUGUCACUGAUAACCGGGCAUUUGGAUAUGUUUGUGGAGCAGAGGGGCAGCACCAGUUCUUUGCUAUCAAGACUGCUCAACAGGCCGAGCCUCUGGUCACUGAUUUGAAGGAUCUGUUUCAGCUGAUCUUUAACACGAGGAAGAAAGAGCAAGAAGCUGCACAGAAGGGUGAAGCAAAUGUUGUUGAGAAUGGUGGUGAUGCCUUACUCACCGUGGAUGGCAAAGGCAAUGCUGUAAAAACUAUUGAGCAAAUUGACCUGUUUGGAGAUAUGUCCACCCCACCUGACAUUCACUCUCCUACGCCUGACAGUGUCCUGCUGCUUAGCUUUGCUGUUGCAAUUGAUGACAAUCAACUCAAUCCUAAAGGAAAUCCUUUCUCAUACCCGUCUACCCUCAGCAAUACACAGACUGACAGCCCCUUCACACCCACAUCAGAUCUUUUCCCUACUUUUAAUCCAGAUCCCUUCGAUGAUGAUCCGUUUUCUCCCUUUGCUGAUCAAUCAGAUUCAAUGUUUUCUUCUGAUAAAGAUUCUGGUCUUUCUAGUUUCAUUUUAAAUGGGCCCGAAUUAAGUCAGGGUAAAGACUGCACUUCAAACAUUAAGCACCUUAAUGAAUUAUUUGAUACCCAUUUGUCAUUUACAAAUCUAAAUGGCCAAGAGAAGAAACUUGCUUUAAGCGAUGUGAAUGCUGCAAACAAUCUCAUCCUAAGCCAGAAUCCUUUUUUUAGUACUUCAUUAAACAACUCAAUUAUGGUAAACGGGUUAUUCAAAUCGGAUCCCUCUGUCCUGCAAAGUCCCCUCUCGUUUAAUGGACCAAGCAAAUCCAUCCCAUUGUUUGAAACUUCGCACAUCUAUAAAAAUGCUCAAAAUGGAGGGUUGAUGGCCCUUUGCCCCCCACCUCAAAGCUUGAAGUCUGGAUGCAUUCGGAGGAGAGAGAAGUCACCUGGAAAUGAUCUGUUUGGAGCUGAUGCCUUCGCUCCGUCUACCCAAAAUGAGUCUCUGUCUGCAAACCAAAAUUCAUCCAUUCCUGCUGACCUAUUCAACACCACAUCAACCUCUGCCAUCCCUGGUCUUGGUUCGCUGUCUCUUGGCCCUGCUAAUGUCACUCAAACUCUUGGAACAACCUCAUCUCCGUGGGGUCAGGCACCCAUGAUGUUUCCUCCUCAGGGUGGUGUUCCUCAAAUAACAGUUCCAAGGGCACAACCUUUCCCUCAGCCGCCUGCAUUUGGAGGUCUGCCUGCACCUGCCUGGGGGCCACAAGGAGCUUCACCUUUUGGUGCACCAGCUGCCACUCAAGCAUGGGGUCAACCAGGAACCACGGCACCAAUUGGAACCUGGCCUAACUCUGGUCCUAUGGCCAACCCAUUCCCACCAAACCAGUUUCCUCCCAUGAUGCCCCCUAGUGCAAUGAUGGGCGGGCAGCAGGGUGCAGUUAUUCCCCCUCGUCCUCCACCCCGUCCUCCGGUGAAAGAAGAACCACCAGCAGUCAAAAGUGCCUUCACUGCUUUAGACCCUCUUGGGGAGAAGGAAAAGAAGAUUGGAAAAGACAUGUUCAAAGAUUUCCAGAUGGUCAAGCCCCCAAAAAUUGAACAAGAAACUGGCCCAAGCACCAAUGGCUCAUUUGACCAGUACUUUACCAGCAAAGUUGGCUUGGCUCAGGAGGUGGCAGACCAUGAUGAUUUUGACAUUAACCAAAUGCCAGUUAGCUCAAAUGGGUCGUCCAAACUUAUUUCUCAGCAGUCCUCCCCUGCUGUUGGGGUACUUCCGGGUCUAACCCCAACGCCAGCAGCAGGGCUUUUUGAUGCCGCCUUCACUCCUAAUCUGGUCCCUGCACCCAAAAACCCAACUCUUCCAGCGGGCUCGAAUAUUUUUGAUGAAACUUUUGGAAGUGACCCAUUUGGAGCACCCCCCAUGAACAUGAGCACUCCAGCCUCUGCAAAUGUUUUUGGAGACCCUUUUGGGGGAAAUCCUUUCGCCUGAGAAACUUAAGCAGCUGCGUUUUCAGCACACUCGCAUCUAUCGGAUGCUGUUGAGCAAGAGGACCGCAAAGGCACAUGGAGUUGUUUUCGGCAUUCCACUUAAUGGAAAACAAUGUGCACUUAAACCUUUUCGCCUGUAUUCUGUGCUUUACUAUUCUCAUAGCUACUGUAUAUCUGCUGAAACAUCUCUUUUUGUGCUUUAUAACUGAUCACAGAUCAGCCCUUCUCUUCUAUCCCAUGCAAAUCAGCUAGGUUUAAACUCAAGAUGCACAGUGGGGUAAUUGAAGUAUGGUUCUGUGAAAGUAUGUCAAAAUAAUGAUGGGUAAUGUUUGUGACUGUGAUUUUUUUUGUUUUGUUUUUUUGUAUGCAAAUAUCCUAAGCAUUUAUAAUAAAGUAAAAUGUUUAAGCUAAUGAUUUGUCAUUAAAGAAAAUGACUGAAUCUA